AUGGUGAAUCUAUUUAUUAACAAGUUACUUCGUCCACAAUCUAGUGGGGGUCUAUUUGGUGACACACAGGCAUACUACGGUACCGUGGAAGCGCAGGGGCGCCUUACUCUACAUCUGCAUUGCUUAAUAUGGAUCAAAGGUUCCCUCUCCCCGCAAGAGCUCCGUGACCGAUUGAAGUCCGAAGAUCAAGAGUUCAGAGAUCAAAUGGUUGCGUGGCUUGACUCGAUCUAUCAAGGUCAGUUCUCUACUGGGACCGAGUCUGAGAUUGGAAAUAAGUUCAAGCAGAUCCCUCAUGCCUUGGAUGAACAAGCAUCAUAUGACGAUCGUAGUAAUGGUGGUAUCUUAAGUGUAUUACCUGAUGUCCCGGCUUGUGAUAUGACAGAUUCACAGCUUGAUCAGUGGUAUCAUCAACUAUGUAUAGAUUCUGAUAAGAUAGCCUACCUAUCUAACCGCCAUAACCCGAACCACGGUUAUGGAUGCAUGACAUCGUCAGGUCGUUGCCGUGCCAGAUUCCCCAGAGACGUCCGUCAAAUCACAGAGGUGGACACUUCUGAUGGGGUAAUACACGUAAAACACAAAGAGCCGUGGAUGAACAACUACAAUAAUGUUCUCACAUAUCUGAUGAGAUGUAACACUGACGUUGUAUCAAUGCAAUCAGGUACACAAUUAAGGGUCAUAAUAGCGUAUAUCACUGACUAUGUCACUAAGAUGAGUUUGAAGACACAUGCUGCAUUUGACGCGGUGAAGAUGGUAUUAAAUAAG